GGGAACUUAGGGCUGCCCAUAGAAUAAUGAUGGUUCUUUAAAAACCAAUAUAGAAUGUACAACAGAUAUAAAAUAAUUUGUGGACUUGAAAUUUUUAUCAAAAAUAUAAUUCUAAUGCUGGGCUAUAGAAUAAAAUUUAACAUUUACUGAAACAAACGAAAAGCUAAAAAAAUACUUCUUAAAAAUAGUUAAUUACAAUUACAACACUUUUAAUGUCACGUUGACAUUUGACGUUGUGGAUGUGGACACGUAUUAUUUCAGUAUUUGAUUGUAAAUUAAUUUAAUUUCCUAUGAUAUUAUAGAUUUCUUGGAGUGUUAAAAACUUAAAGUGAUAUACAACUACUUCUGGACCCAAUACCGUAUUUUAAAUUAAAUUCACCAUGGCAGGCGUGGAACAGCCAUGUUAUACUCUGAUCAACUUCCCGACAGAUUCAGAGCCUUACAAUGAGAUGCAGCUCAAGCUGGAUCUUGAGAAAGGUGACACAAAGAAGAAAAUAGAAGCAUUAAAGAAGGUAAUAGGCAUCAUACUCUCUGGGGAGAAGAUUCCUGGUUUACUGAUGAUAAUUAUCAGGUUUGUGCUGCCCCUGCAAGACCAUACUAUCAAGAAGUUGUUGUUGAUCUUCUGGGAAAUUGUGCCAAAGACUACUCCUGAUGGUAAACUGAUGCAGGAGAUGAUCCUUGUCUGUGAUGCCUACAGAAAGGAUCUACAACACCCCAAUGAGUUCAUCAGGGGAUCCACUCUCCGUUUCCUCUGCAAGCUGAAAGAGCCUGAGCUCUUGGAGCCUCUGAUGCCUGCAAUCAGAGCUUGCCUUGACCACCGCCACUCAUAUGUUAGGAGGAAUGCUGUGCUUGCCAUAUUUACUAUCUACAGGAACUUUGAAUUUCUGAUUCCUGAUGCCCCAGAGCUAGUGGCAAACUUCUUGGAGACAGAACAAGAUAUGUCCUGCAAAAGAAAUGCAUUCCUCAUGCUGCUGCAUGCUGAUCAGGAGCGUGCAUUAUCAUAUCUCUCAUCCAGGCUAGAUAACGUACAGGGCUUUGGAGAUAUCCUUCAAUUGGUUAUUGUUGAGCUGAUUUACAAGGUAUGUCACGCGAAUCCGUCAGAGAGGUCGCGUUUUAUCCGUACAGUGUAUGGACUACUGAAUGCGACCAGUGCCGCCGUGCGGUAUGAGGCUGCCGGCACCCUUGUUACACUGUCUAAUGCUCCAGCUGCUAUCAAGGCGGCAGCGGCGUGCUACAUCGACCUGAUCGUGAAGGAGAGCGACAACAACGUGAAGCUGAUCGUGGUGGGGCGGCUGGGCGCGCUGCGCGCGGAGGCGGGCGAGGCGGCGGCGCGCGCGCUGCCCGAGCUGGCCAUGGACGUGCUGCGCGUGCUGGCGGCGUCGGACCUGGACGUGCGGCGCCACACGCUGGCGCUGGCGCUGGACCUGGCGGCGCCGCGCCACGCCGACGACCUGGUGCAGCUGCUGCGCAAGGAGGCCGCGCGCGCCUCCAGCGCCGACCACGACGACGCCGCCAAGUACCGCCAGCUGCUCGUCCGCGCGCUGCAUCGCGCCGCGCUCAAGUUCCCCGAAGUAGCGGGCAGUGUAGCCCCAGCCCUGCUGGAGUUACUGGGCGACGGCAGCGAGCCAGCCGCGCAGGAUGUCAUGCUGUUCCUGCGCUCCGCUUUGCAUACUUUCGUAGACCUACGCGACCACAUCUAUCAGAAACUACUGGAGGCAGUGCCCGGUAUCCGUGUGGGUAAGAUAGCGCGCUCCGCGUUAUGGUUACUGGCACAGUUCGCGGAGACACCGGAACGCGCCCAGGAUGCUUUGGAUGUACUCGCCAACGUCAUACCGCCCCUUAAAGGACAAGACGAAAAGGAAGAAUCCGAGACUGCGGCAGCUAAGGCUCAAGACACUUCAGCUCCACGACAGCUUGUCACCAGCGAUGGAACGUAUGCUUCUCAAUCUGCUUUCAACUUGCCAGUUACGCAGGCGGCCCCCACGCACGCGGGGCUGUGGUCCGCGCUGGUGGAGGGCGAGAGCUUCACGGCGGCGUGCGCGUGCUCGGCGCUGUGCAAGCUGGCGCUGAAGGUCCCCCCGGCCGGAGCCGCGCGCGCCAUGCUGCUGGCCGCGCGCCUCGCCGCCACGCACAAGCUGGCCGCCUCGCUCACCGCCGACGACGCCGAGCACGUCGCGCGCUGUCUGCUCGCCGCCAGGCACCGCCCCGCAGUAGUACAGGACGCCUUGCUGCACCGCUCCGGCACCGCGCUGUCCGCCUUGCUAGCGCUACCUGAUAGAGCUACUAAUCUACUCGAUGAUGCUGAUAAGGAGCGUGAGCCGAAGAAGCAAGACAACAGGGUGGAGGUGGAGCAAGGCAUCGUGUUCGCCCAGCUGGCCGGGAACUCCGCCGCCUCCACGCACCACGACAUGUUCGAACUCUCACUCAACAAGGCUCUGCAGGGUCGCAGUACAGGUGUGAGCGAGGAGCGAGGCAAGUUAUGGAAGGUGACGCAGCUGACGGGUUUCUCAGACCCAGUGUACGCAGAAGCCAUCGUCGCAGUCAACCAGUACGACAUCGUACUCGACGUACUCGUCGUCAACCAGACCGACGACACGCUGCAGAACUGCUGCGUGGAGCUGGCGACGCUGGGCGACCUGCGCCUGGUGGAGCGCCCCGCCGCCGUCGUGCUGGCGCCCCGGGACUACGCCACCAUCAAGGCGCAUGUCAAGGUCGCCUCCACAGAGAACGGGAUCAUCUUCGGCAACAUUGUAUACGAGGUGUCGGGCGCGUCGAUGGACCGCGGCGUGGUCGUGCUGAACGACAUCCACAUCGACAUCGUGGACUACAUCCAGCCCGCCGUCUGCACCGACGCCGACUUCCGACAGAUGUGGGCAGAGUUCGAGUGGGAGAAUAAGGUGUCCGUGAACACGAAUAUUACGGACCUGCGCGAGUACUUACAACACUUACUAGCUUCCACAAAUAUGAAGUGUUUGACUCCUGAAAAGGCGUUAUCGGGUCAGUGUGGGUUCAUGGCAGCGAAUCUGUACGCGCGCUCCAUAUUCGGGGAGGACGCGCUCGCCAACCUCAGCAUUGAGACUCCGCUACACAAACCCAACUCUCCCGUCGUUGGACAUGUUAGGAUUAGGGCUAAGAGCCAGGGUAUGGCGCUGUCGCUAGGCGACAAGAUCAACAUGAUGCACAAGACCCCGCAACAGAAGACACCUUCGAACCCCAUACCCGCCGCGUAAGAACAUCAUAUAACAUUACCAUACCUAUGUACAGACUACCUAACAACUACACCGUCUGACACCAUGCGCGAAAUUAGGCCUUGUGUUUUUAAUAUAGUUGAUCAAAAUUGGACUUUACGUCCCGGGCUUAAAAUAUAACUUUUCGUGUGUGCUUGUAUUCUAUAAAUAAAUAAAUUGCAUUUAUGUUACUUACUGAAGCUUUUGUGUUUUAUGUAGGCGAGGCUCGGCAAACGCCGGGGUUAGUAACGCCAGGCAGAAGAGGAAGACUUAAACAUUAGAACUGUAAUUUAACUUAUGUUUGAAUUAAUCCCUUUCUAUCCCUCCAUUUAGCGCAACACUAUUUUUGAUACGUGUAUUUAUCACGGGUGAACGACGCCAUUUCCUAAAUUAAUUACUAAACGUUUUAAGUAUUUUUUU